GAUGGUGGAUUUUCUGAUCCUAAAUGAAGUCACUCAGGAAACUGAAGAAGAGUCUGUUAGAGAGGGAUAAUGGCUACAAAGUAGGGGAGAGGAAAGAGUAGAAGCAAAAUCAGAUGAUGUUGAUAUCAGUAAAACAAGUGAUAAAAAUGGUGCAUGCUUAGAAAAGUUAAUUGAUUAAAACAAUUCAGUGGUUUUAAAUGAUGAUACUCCAACUAGAUUUAAUGCAGCAGAUAGUAGUUUUUCCUGCUUAGACCUGGGAAUUAUAACAGCAGAUACUGCAAGUAAAUGCAACUUGGAAUUAUAUAAGGAAGAAGGAAUGGGAUGUGAUAAUUUCCCUAUACUUCUUACUUUUCAAGGGCAAGUGCUUGCACCUCCUCCACCAUUGCCACCACCAAUACAGGGAUAUGCCUUUAAACCUCCUCCUCGACCAGAUUUUGGUACUUCUGGAAGAACAAUCAAACUACAGGCCAACUUCUUUGAAAUGGACAUUCCUAAAAUUGAUAUCUACCAUUAUGAAUUGGAUAUAAAGCCAGAGAAAUGCCCAAGAAGAGUUAACCGAGAAAUAGUUGAGCAUAUGGUCCAGCACUUUAAAACACAGAUCUUUGGGGAUCGUAAACCAGUAUUUGAUGGAAGAAAAAACCUUUAUACAGCUAUGCCACUUCCUAUUGGGAGGGAUAAACAGGUGGAGUUGGAGGUCACGCUUCCAGGAGAAGGGAAGGACAGAAUAUUUAAGGUGGCUAUAAAAUGGAUGUCCUGUGUGAGUCUGCAGGCUUUACAUGAUGCUCUUUCUGGUCGGCUGCCAAGUGUUCCUUUUGAAACUAUCCAGGCUCUGGAUGUAGUGAUGAGGCAUUUGCCUUCCAUGAGGUAUACUCCUGUUGGCCGUUCUUUUUUUACUGCAUCUGAAGGGUGCUCAAACCCUCUGGGUGGUGGCAGAGAAGUUUGGUUUGGGUUCCAUCAAUCAGUCAGACCUUCACUCUGGAAAAUGAUGCUUAAUAUUGAUGUGUCUGCAACAGCAUUUUAUAAGGCACAGCCAGUAAUUGAGUUUGUAUGUGAAGUUUUGGAUUUCAAGAGUAUUGAAGAGCAACAGAAACCUCUCACAGAUUCCCAAAGGGUAAAGUUUACCAAAGAAAUAAAAGGUCUAAAGGUGGAGAUAACACACUGUGGGCAAAUGAAGAGAAAAUACCGAGUGUGCAAUGUCACCAGACGACCAGCAAGUCACCAAACAUUCCCACUUCAGCAGGAGAGUGGACAAACAGUUGAAUGCACUGUAGCUCAAUAUUUUAAGGACAGACACAAGUUGGUUCUACGUUAUCCUCACCUUCCAUGUUUACAAGUUGGACAGGAGCAGAAACAUACAUACCUUCCUCUUGAGGUGUGCAACAUAGUGGCAGGACAGAGGUGUAUAAAGAAGCUAACUGACAAUCAAACUUCCACUAUGAUACGGGCAACUGCCAGAUCAGCACCUGACCGUCAAGAAGAGAUUAGCAAAUUGAUGCGAAGUGCAAGUUUUAAUACUGAUCCUUAUGUUCGUGAAUUUGGAAUAAUGGUCAAAGAUGAAAUGACUGAUGUGACUGGGAGAGUCCUACAACCUCCCUCAAUCCUGUAUGGAGGCAGAAAUAAAGCAAUUGCUACACCAGUUCAAGGUGUUUGGGAUAUGAGGAAUAAACAAUUUCACACUGGAAUUGAAAUUAAGGUCUGGGCAAUUGCCUGCUUUGCUCCCCAGCGACAGUGCACUGAAGUUCAUCUUAAGUCCUUCACAGAACAACUGAGGAAGAUAUCAAGAGAUGCAGGAAUGCCAAUCCAGGGGCAGCCAUGUUUCUGUAAAUAUGCCCAGGGUGCAGAUAGUGUGGAACCUAUGUUCAGACAUCUAAAGAACACCUAUGCUGGGCUACAGCUUGUGGUAGUCAUUCUGCCAGGGAAGACUCCAGUUUAUGCGGAAGUAAAGCGUGUUGGUGACACUGUGCUGGGGAUGGCUACGCAGUGUGUUCAGAUGAAAAAUGUGCAAAGAACAACACCACAAACUCUGUCCAAUCUUUGUUUAAAGAUCAAUGUCAAAUUAGGAGGAGUAAAUAACAUUUUGCUGCCACAAGGGAGGCCUCCGGUAUUUCAGCAGCCUGUCAUAUUCCUGGGUGCAGAUGUAACUCAUCCACCAGCUGGAGACGGAAAAAAGCCUUCCAUUGCUGCAGUUGUAGGUAGCAUGGAUGCUCACCCUAAUCGAUAUUGCGCCACUGUGCGUGUCCAGCAGCAUCGUCAAGAAAUCAUCCAAGACUUGGCUGCCAUGGUCAGGGAGCUGCUUAUUCAGUUCUACAAAUCAACCAGAUUUAAACCAACUCGCAUUAUUUUCUACAGAGAUGGUGUUUCUGAGGGGCAAUUUCAACAGGUUCUCCACCAUGAACUGCUGGCUAUCAGAGAAGCAUGCAUUAAACUAGAAAAGGACUACCAGCCUGGAAUUACAUUUAUUGUUGUGCAGAAAAGGCAUCACACCAGGCUCUUCUGUACAGACAAAAAUGAACGGGUUGGAAAAAGUGGAAACAUUCCAGCAGGUACUACAGUGGACACAAAAAUCACCCAUCCAUCAGAGUUUGACUUUUACCUUUGUAGUCAUGCUGGUAUUCAGGGAACAAGCAGACCUUCUCAUUACCAUGUCCUCUGGGAUGACAAUCGUUUCUCGUCAGAUGAACUGCAAAUUCUUACCUACCAGCUGUGUCAUACAUAUGUACGCUGUACUCGUUCCGUCUCAAUCCCCGCACCAGCAUACUAUGCACACCUGGUUGCCUUCAGAGCCAGGUAUCAUCUGGUGGAUAAAGAACAUGAUAGUGCUGAAGGAAGCCACACUUCUGGUCAAAGUAAUGGCAGAGAUCAUCAAGCACUUGCUAAAGCAGUUCAAGUUCAUCAGGACACGUUACGUACCAUGUACUUUGCUUGACAUGUUUUAAUGUUUAGCGAUUUAGUAGAGUUGGAUUCACGUGAGACCAGCUGCACUUAGACCAACAGUUGCCCACGCUACAGUGACAGCCAGCAAUGAGUGAUGCAUCUUUAUUUUAUUAGUUUUUCCAUUUGCAAGAAAGCCUUCCGUCCGGAAUUUCAGACUUGAUUAUGAACUGCAGACCCGUACAAAACCCCACAGUUGUUGGAAAUGUGGUUUGCCAAAAUCUCUAAGCUGCUUGUCAGAAAACAAACCCAUAUUUUGUAGUUAAAUCAAAAGCUGUGAUCUCAGGGCUAAAAACAAAACAAAACUUUUUCAUGUAGUUUGCUAUUCAAUUUAUUUGUGUGUUAAUAAUUUGGAAAUACCUUAUUCACGUCAAAUUUGAUGAGCUCAGAUGCUGUGAGCUUGCUUUUAAAACAAAGAAAGAAAAGGAAAAGCACUACUUCAGUAUUUAUGAAGCCUUGAUCAUUCUGUAUGCAUUUACAAAAGUUUUAUUUUCAAAGUGCAAAAAGAUAAUAAUUCUGGUCCUCCACUGUCUUACAGGAUCAUUCUGUAUGUCUAAGAGCAAAUGUAUUUUCUGAAAUUUGUUCUUGAAUGUCUUUUAUUGUGCUGCAUUUAAAGAUUUUUUCAUAGACUUAUGAAAUAAUUUCAGAAAAAAAUUAACUUGUAUCUGAACCUUUAAUAAGUCCAGUGAGAUUGGCAAAAAGAAAAUGUGCCAUUCAAAUUUUUUUAAACUUUUUUUUUAAAAUCAUACUGACAGCUAAUCAUAGAAUUUGUCCUAUAGGACUCUGACACUUACUUUCCAAAGUUUCUAAAAGAAUACGGGUCUGUGGUGAUAAAUACAGUACAAUCCUUCACUGUUAUGUUUGAAUUUUUGGAAAUUUUAUAUGUUUCACAGUAUUAAUGUGAUAGACUAGAUGCUAUUAUUUAUUUUAUUUACUAAGGAGUGCUCAUCAUAUUUCUGUUAACAUAUCAAGAAAGCUUUGGAUUUUAGACAUUAAAACCGUAUCAUGGAGACAUUAUUAUUCAAAUGCAGGAAUAUGCAAUUGAGUUGGAUAUGACAGAAGUCAGAGAUGUAUACAGUGUGUAUUGUAUAGCUUGUAAUUUCUGGAAAGACUUUUUCAGCAUGCACACAACAUGGCAAGUUUCACCUGUGCAUUCAGAGAGACACACCGUGAGACCAACAUUCUCCAUCCAUUCAAGCACAAAACAAUUCUACUUUAUUUAUUUGUUGAUUAUUGGUGAAGCAGCAGUUCAAAUUGAGGAGAAUGGUUCACUCUUUAUAGUUUAGCUAGCCAAAUUUAAUAGAAUCUAUGCAGUAAAAAUAACUCUUAGGAAACUUUUGAAGUUUACUUGUGGAAGAAAGUGAAACUCUUUGUUAUACAUAAGGUCAAUAGUGUGAGUGAGAUUUUUGCCAUUCUCUUAGGAGAAGCAUUAAUUGAAACUGAUAAUUAUUAGACAUAUAUGCUUCUGUUAGUUUGCACACUGGGUUCAUAUACAUCAUAAUACAUGUAUAAACCAUUGCACUAAUUGUGACACCAUAAACAAUUUUAGAAGAGGAUGGGGGGGGGAAGCAAAAGUUGUUUAUGCUGACUUGAUUUUGUUUAAUGUUCUCGUAUGCUAAAUCAAGUACAUAUUAAGCAUGUAGAUUUUUUUUAAAGUUGCAUUCUCUUCCUUUGUUUCAUUCAGCGCGUGCGCGCGCGCUCUCUCUCUCUCUUUCCCUUCCCCCUGACAAGCAUAUUUACCUCUAGCCAUCAAGGUGGGCAAACAGCCUCAUCCAGAAUUAGUGUCAGUGCCAUAUUUUGUAUAGACUAGAACUGUUUGCUGUUGAGUAAGCCAGAAAAUGCCCAUCUUUGCUGCCUAAAAGGUUUAGGUGCAUAAUUUUGUGUACAAGUUCAGGUCUGCACCUUGUCGCACAGCAUGUUGUUGCUCGUGUUGUUUGGCUGAAGCAACAAAGUAAAUUCUGUUAAUGGAUGAGUCAGUCAUAUGUACAUCAUGCUAGUUUAUUAUUCCUGUCUUGCUGUUGAAAUCAGUGGGCCAGAAUCUGUUGUCAGUUAUAGUUGUGUAACUACAGUUACUCCUGAUUACACUGGUAACUGAAAAUAGAAUUCAGCCCUUUGUAAUUACUAAGCAGGUUAUAAAAGCCACCACUAAAACAAAUUUAGCUGAUUUGCAGUAGCUUUUCUAUGAUGAGUGUGUUGCACUUUUCUCUACAGUAUUUUGAGCAGUGUAGAAAUUCAUUGCUGGCUUUAAUUUUGGCACAUUAUCAGACAAUUGUGUGAGUUAUUCUUUAAGAAGUUAAAAUAAUUAGUCAGCCAUUUUUAAAAUUCCAUUGGUGGUUCUUGCUAUUUGUUAUGGUUAGGUGCUCAGGAUGAUAUUCAUCUUCUUCUCCUCUUUCUCUGCUGCACAAACCUGGAGUAAAUUACUUUAUAUGGGCAACCAGAUACAGCAAGGAUCCACCUCAAUCCCACAUCCUGAAUUCAAGGUAGAUCAAAGGGCUAUGGUGCCUCCUCCUGUGGCUUUUGUUCUAGUCUAUGGGCUAGAAUACCAGGUGCUUCUCCAAUGUGGGAGUUCCGGUCUACUGGCUCUGUGCAAAGAUCCAGAAGCCCCCACUCCAAAGACCCCUAACAUGCAGCCAAGAUAUCCAAAAGGCAUGGGUGCAGAGGAUUGCUGUGGGGGCUCUGCAGACACUCCACCAAAGUGUCUGUUGCCCCUAUGUCCUGUUAGCACGAAUGGGAAUUGUGUGCAGUUCCCUCAAAUGUAAUGAAGGAUGCAAACCCCUGAGGAAUGAUUGUCAGUACGGUGGGACUGGGGAGUUUACAGUUUGUAGAUAUAUAUAUUAGCUAGAGUACUCUAAUUUUUAAAAUGGCUUUGAUUUUUUCCUAAUGAAAUAUACAGUGAAUUAGUCCAUCAUAUAAUUUAAUUGAUUUAAAUAUUUUUAGGAAAAGUUUUUUAAUGGGCAAUGCACUUUGAAAAGUAGGCACUCUGUGUGCAUAAUAACUGCUUUUUAUAAAGAUUAAUAUAAACAACAUGCAUAGACCAAAACAGCUCCAAUCAAAUAAACAAUACACCUUUAUCCUUUUCAGUUUACUCCAGCCUGCAAGGACAGCAAUAUCUCGGGUAAACGUGUAUAAAUUUACCCACAAAAUAUUCUCUCUAAGAACUAAGGAAAAGUGGUUGCAAAAUAUUGUGUAUACGAAGUUUAGGAAUGUGACACAUGCCCACAGAUGCUAUUGAAUUCAUACGUAAGGCUGAUAGUUUUAACCAUUAAGUCACUGGUUCAAAUUCAACUCAGGUCAGCACUAACCAAAAGUACUUACUAUCUGCAAUUCGUUGGCCUGUGCAAAAAGAUAUCUAACUCCAGUUGCUAGAGAACCAUGAAGCAGAUCCUCUUCUGUUACAGUGGUUCUGCUCUGAGCUACAUUUGCACCAAUUGCAGCAAUGGUAUUUUGUAUCUUGGUCUCAUGAUUGGUGCAAAUUGGCCUUCUUGUUAGCAAAACCAGGUCAGGAUUGAGCAAUGUGGAACAAUUGUGCGUUCACAGUGUACCGUUUUGUGGAAAAACGGGAUCCAGGCUCUACAACUGUCAAUCUCAGAUCUUUUAUUAGCAUUAUAUUUAUAUAAAAAUGAUCCUUAUGAAAAAGGCUGAUAAGUGAUGGACAUGUUAGAAAUAGGUAUGUGAGGCUUUACAUUGUGUGUGUGUGUGUGUGUGUGUGUGUGUGUGUGUUGGAAGAUGAAGGGUUAAACAAUUCUGAGUUAAGUGUCAGCUAUAACUUUGAAUUUCCUGCCUUAUUUGUACUAAAUAUUAACACUACUGAAAUAGAGAGAGACUUCAGAGGCUAAUAGAAAUGCUGCUAUUCAAAGGUGCAAAACAAAACCAGCAAAGAUAAAAUAUUCAAUGGAAGCCAUUUUUUAAAAAAGCUAGAUACAAAACUACUAUUGGGCUCUGUUGUGCCUUUUUAGGUACUUCUGGUGUUUGGGCUGAUGGAGGGUUACACUGACCCAGUGGGAUUGCUCAGAGUCACAAAGCCUUCUGGAGCACCUGGGAAAACUGUUGAAUCACCCUUUAAGAGGUUGUGCUCUGCUAGCAGUUGCUGGUGAGGGAUGGAGUUAUGCUUCUGCGUUCUCCCCUCUGCCCUCUUUGGGUUAACUGUUUGAGGUAGCCCUUGCAGUCCUUGCACCUUCCCUUCCCCUCCUGCUUUGCCCUAGCCCAUGUGUAGGUGCAUAUUUGUCAGUUUGCAUUAGUAUGCAUAGUUUUGACUUGAUUCAGACUAAAAUACUUUCACGCCUGUAAUUAAAUAUUUUAUUGACUAUUGCAUAGAUCAUUGGAAUAGUUGGUAAUCUAUUUUCCAAAAUCUUUUCAUAUUGACUUGCAUAUUUCUAGAACUGUCAUGAGAAAAACCUUCAGGUGGCUUUUGUCAAUUGCCCAAGUCACAAGGAGGUGUUGUGUGAUAAUCUGCUAGAGUCUGCUUGCAAAUUUUACAGGUAAUUAUGCUGAAAGAAAUUUCCAUUGUGUAAGUGUGGUGGGGGGUGUUCAUGACCCCAUUUCCCUCUUUCUUGUACUCUCAAACAUAUCUUUCACAAUUAUUUAACCCAAAAUUUGUCUAGCAUAUGUUUAGUUUUUACGUUUGAUUAACUUAUUUCAGUAAAUGUUGUGGCCUUUGUGUAGAUUUAAAUGAGUAGUCCGAUCCAAACAAGGCUUGAUAAAAAAUGAUAUAUUUAUUAGUAAAUCACUUUUUUAUUAUUAAGAUUAAAGGUGAAAUUUUCAAAAAGGUUUAAAUCACUUUUGAAAAUGGCACUGAAACCCAUAUUUUUAAAGGUAUUUAGGCAUUGUGAUGCUGAGCACAGCAACAUCUAAAUAUCUUUAAACAUCAGGGCCCUAGUCAGUUAGGCUCCAAAGUGCCUACAUCAUUUCUGAAAAUGUAACUUAAGCUCUGACAUCAUUCCGGCUUUUUUGAAAAUUUUAUCCAAAUAUUGUCUGGUUUGUAUGUGCCAGACUCAGGAUCAAAUUUUAAUCACAAGUGCAUUGCACUUUGCUGGAUAACUCAGAUUUUCUUUUGCACUUAUGGAUUGCAGCAGUAAAUUCCUCGAGUUAAAUGUGUACCACACAUUAUUGGAGACCCGAUUCUUCUCACAGUAAGUUAUUAGCAAACAUCUCAUUGACUGCAAUGAGCGUGAGAGCAGGAAAAGGCCCUUCAUUAGAAUCUGCCUUUUUGUCUUGAAAAUUUCAGUUAGAUGCUGUAGGUUACAGUGCGUGUUUAAUGGAUUACCUUCUUUCUGACUAAGAAUGCUGACAUUUUAAGACUACAAUAGGCCAGUCCUGCAGCUUUUACUCAUGCAAAGCUCACACUAAAGUCCAUCAGUUCUGCACAAAUUAUAAAUGUAGAAUUGGGACCUUUACUGGGGGAUGUAGAUGGAAAUGUUGGUUCAUUUGAUGUAAUCCAGAGAACACUUUGGGUGGCAUAGAUAAGCCAUAAGACUUUUUAUAAUGUAAGAGAUUUCUUACACAUGAGAAAAGGAAUGUAAAUAAGUUCUCUCUCCAGGUUUUCACACUCAAUGCCAGUUGUAAUCAGAUUAUAAAUAGUCUUCUUAAUUGUUUUUUCUAUUUUGAAAAUUUCUCCAAAAGUAACAUCUCCUUUGCUUUAAUCGUCACUGUGGUUGUUAGACCCAGUGUGACUUUCUCAGUUUCUAACACAGGACAGUAUAUUUUUGAUUUUUAUAUUCUAUUUAGUAACUUGCUUCUAAAUGCAUACCUACAAUCUUUUCUAAGGAAAAUUUCAAUUUAAACAGAAAAUAAUUGCACUGAUUUUUUGAAAACUUCCCUUUUACUGUAACAGACUUUUUUGCAUCUGCUGUAGCUGGUUGAAAAUACUGUAAAUAGUAGUAUGAAUAGCAAAACAUUGAAAUGUUCUACAUACCAUUCAUUGUUGUACUUGCAUUUUUAGAGAUACUGCCCACUUUACAGUAUUAAGAUAUGAGCUGUAUAUGUUUUUUUUUUUAAUUUUAUUACACUUUCUCAUUUUGCAUGUGGUAGAUACAUCCAUAAAGGGUACAGUUUCUCAUUUGCUUUCUGUAAAAUGGAGUCAGGUUUUUUUGUCUUUAUUUACAUAACAAUUCUUCCCUAACCGUCUCCCUUCUACCCAUGUUUUCCGCACCACACUGCACAAAAUGUAAAAAACAUUUGAAGUUACCAAAAUUCAGAUUGUAAAGCAUUUAAAUGCCUCUCUUUAAUAUCACUGGUAGAUAAUUAAUAGCGCUAAUAUCUGUGCUAAUAACCAUAGCUCUGUAAUGCAUUUUUUUUUUCCUAGCUCCUUCCAGCACUUGAUUCUGGCAUCAGAUUCUAAAGGACUAGUCUGUGAGGCAGUGUUAAUAGAAUCAUAGAAAUUAGAGAUGGAAAAGCCUAAUGUAGCAUCUAGGCUAUUCCUCUGCUGAUGCAGAAUUGUUCCCUAUAGUAUUUUUUAGAGCUGUGACUUAGGAAACAGGGCUACCAAGUUGCCUUCUUGGUCACCCACAUUAGAAAGCCACCAGUCUAAUGAUUUGCAUUAAUUGAUUGUUUGCUUCUUAGAGGCUGGAGAGACCAAAACUACGGCACUGCUACUGUUUUAUACACAGUACGUUGGUAAAUCUCUCCUCUCAGCUCUAAGGCUUAAUGGCUGUAGUGUAUAGCACCUUGGAAAGUCUCAAAGUGAGUCAUUUUUAAUCCAAAAGUUUGUGUUUAAUGGUGUAAAGUAUAAUCCAUGAUAUAACAUUUAAAGUUCUUCAGCUGUUUUUCCCCCAUGUUUCUUUGUCUGAAGUGUUAAAGUAAAUGUAAUGGCUUGGCCAAAUCACUACAGAAGGUGAUUUCCUAUCAUUCUUUAGUUUGCAACCAGGUGCAGUUAAAAGCUACCUCCUAUACUCUUCCACAAAUUAAUAUUUGCUUUUGAAAUGCAACUGUCGUUUGUUGUAAACGGCCAAAAUAUUCCCAAAUGAGCUGAAUUGUUUCCUUCUGGCUUGAGAACUUAUGUGCCAUACUGUGAUUCUUGAUAUCUGCUUGCCACUUAUUAUUUUUAUGUAGGGCAGGUUGGGAUGGUGUUAAUGGAAUGCUGUCUGUCAAAGUUUUGGAAAUAGUGAGGCAACUGAUUUCACAUGUCUGGCAUGUUCAUUUUCAUUCAUGUUUACUUUUGUUAAUAGGGAUACCACCUUAAAAUAGUCCGCUCUUGUAGUAGUUGUGUUUUCACGCUGCUGUUUCCAGGCAAAAAUUGUUUUUUUGUGUUAGCUCUAUGAUUUGCUGAAAAAUAUAUCCUGUUUUAAUUGAAGGUGACAUUUGAAGGUGCUUGAAACAUAUUUUGAAGCUGAGACAAAAAUUAUGUAUUAGAAUAUUUUUUUAAAAUACCUUUUAGGUAAUUUUGAGAUUGUAACCUUGAAGAUACUAUAUUCCAAGUGAUAAGGAUAUAAAUUUUAAACACAGAAAAUGUCUUGAAUAUGUUUGUAUUGUGAAUAUGUUCUCUCAAUAACGUGCAAGGCCUUGGCCACACCUCAGAUCUUAAAAUAAGUGCACAUACACAAAAGGUGCUUUGAAUGAUCUGAAACUGAACUGUAGAAAACUCUGUUAAUACAUCAUAUUUUGUUUACAAUGAAUCCAGACAAGCUUCCUUAUUUUGUAUUUAACCACUUUGUUGUCAGAAAUUUUAUCAACUUAUGCACAGUACAUUAGCUCAGUAUUAUCGGAAUUUUCUAAAUUUAAUGUUUAAAAAUCAUUUGGUUCUUUAAGCCACAGAAGUUGGCGAGUGAGAAGUAAUCAUUAUAUUUUUUUGCUGUUUCUUCUCACUGAAAUGCUUGGGCAUGGCACCCAUGGACACUAGUGAAAAUUGUGUUAUGAAUGGGAGAGCUAGACUCAUUGAUGUUCCUAUAAUUAACAAAUUUGUCUACAGAUUAAAAAUAGUCUAGUAUAUUGACUGACUGCUCAUAGAUUCACAUCCCAAAAAGAAGGCUUACCAAGUAGCAGCUAUUCAAGGGCAGAAUCCUUGAGACUGCUCAGUUUUUACUCUGCCCUUACUCAGGCAAAAUGCCCAGUGAGUGUGGAGCACAGGAUUUGGCCCCAUGUACAAUAGCUGCUUUUCAGAAGACAGUUCACUACAUCUGGUGUUAUGGAUUCUUGUGCCAUCUCUAUGCCAUACUGGUUCUAGAAGUGCCACUGAGUGAUCCACCGUGUAGAUUUAUUAAGCAUAACACACCAUGAGCCCAUCUUCAUAACACAACAAUAGCAUUAUAUGUUACCUUUUGGAUAAUUGGCUGUCAAUCCCAAACCCAGGCCCAGAUCCUCCUGGGAAUCUGUGGAAAGAGGGAGCCUUUUACAGACGGAUCUGUAGGAGAGAGCGUAUGUAACCUCUAUUGCAUUAUCUGCCCCAUUCGCCAAGGACGAUAGGUGCAGAGACUGGCUGUGGAGACUGUUCUCCAGAGCACUGCUUAUCCUGCCUUUAUUCAAAUGAGAAUUAACGUUGCUCCCUUUAGGUUCUCUUUGUGGCUUCUAUUGACCAGCUACAAGGUGCCAACCCAAAAGCAGCACAGCUCUUGGGGUAGGUGGGCAGUAAAUCAGUCUGGAAGCAAAAAUCAACAUUCAAACUGCUCCUGCUGGCACAGAUUGCUAAGUUAUCGACCCUAUGAAUUUCACAAGAAGGGGAGGCUUGGCAGGCAACUCCACAAGAAUGUCAGAAUUUUAUCCAUCUGGCUUCCUCCCAGACUACCAAAGACUAUUCUGAUUGGCUUGGGAUGGCUGCUAUUGCAAGGUCAUUGGCAUGGGCACUGGCUUAAGUAUAGGGAUUUGGGGAGAACUGGACUUGAAGAUUUGUAAGGAUACAAGAAUCCUGCCAUCCCCCUCCCCCAAAAAAUGGAUCCAUGACACAAAAUGCAGACUUUUGUUAAUAUCUGUUCCCAGGAUACAUCUUAAUAUCUUCAAAGGAGGGAUUACUCUUUAAUUGGACCGCUUAUUGUAUUUAUUAAUGGAUCUUAAAUUGAAUGGCUAUAUUUAAUAUUUUUUUUUAAAAAAAGGUAUUUUAAAUUUUUGUUUUGCCUAAUUAAAUUAGACAUAUUAAAACAAAGUGGCAUGCUUUGUAUGCUUACGUUUUAAAAGAAAGUCUGUUUGUUUAAAAACAUUUGAUUUUCCUUACCACAGUUUUCCCCAUUCCUUGCAUGCACUCUGUUGUACUAGGCUCCAACUUGUUUCUUUUCCUUAAACCCUGCUGAAACACUUGGGGCCAAGUCAUCAGUGUAAGUUGCACACUUGAUCAACAUGACGAUCAGGACAUUACGUUUGUUUGUUUUUUAAAUAUAUACUUACCUCACACUUUAUUUUUUCUGAGAGCUUUGAAGCUUUAACUACUUAAACAUCCCAAAAGCCCAGCUCGGUACACAGAGGAAGGAUUUGAGGCACAGAGUAAGAUUAGGAACUUAGGAGAUCCUGGUUCCCAGGCCCAUAUCUGUUCCAUUAGGCUAUGCUGCCACUCAAAAAGUGUAUGUAAUGUUUAUUUGGACUUGGUUCAUUCUGUGCCUAACAACUUUUAUUCUCCCAAAGUUAAAAGUUGAAAUAUUAUACUGUACUUUGGCCUGGCACCCACACUGUCCCUGAAUCUUGCAGCUGUGUGUAAAAUUGCACAUUAAUGCUGGUCAUGUCUGAAUAUCAUUGGUUUGGGACUUUUUUUAUUUAUUUUAUCAUUUUUUUAAGCCUGCCAUGUCUUCUCCUCCAUUCAUUCUGGCUUAUAGUGGCUUAAUAACUUGUGAGUAGGUCUAACUACAGAGGGCCUGUUCCUACACUUCUUGUGCACCCAAAAUUCCCAUUUACUUAGUGGGAGUUUUGGGGUGUGCAAAAAUGGCAGGAUGAAGCCCCUAGUGUGAGAACAUACCACGCAAUAAAGAUAUUUUUAAAAAUUGUGUCCAGCUCCCAUUGAAGUUGAUGAUAAUAUUCACAUUUACUUCAGUUGUCACAGGGUCAAGCCCUUAAUACUUUGUUGUUGUUUUUUUAAGCAAACAUUGGCCCUAUUUUUUAGACCCCAUAUUUACAUUCAAACAAUCAUUAAACUAUUUAGGACUACUCAUGUACAUUGAAAGAUUGGGCUCUUUUUUUUUUUUUUGCCCUUUUGGUAUAUUUUAUUAUUUUGUUUUUAUUUGCAAUAAAGUAAAAUAACAUGUCACUAACCACUUGACGAACUUAAGUCUUUUGAUAGAUCCAACUAACAUACAUUGUCUUGGCAGGAAUGUUUAACCCCAGGAAUGCCUCUAUUAAAAUCAGAUUCAUUUAAAUUAGCCCAACUUCUGCAUUUCUUUUUGUGUGAUAGAACUUGGGCAACUUCAAAUAGUUUAUGUAUGUUUGAUUUUUGCUUUUUUAGAUACUGAUUCCAUGUUUUAAACUAGUUGUUGUAGGGAAGAUAGUGUACACUUUUAUAUAGGCAAGAAAAUAUUUAACUCAUUUUAAAAAGGAUCUGUAAUAAAUAUUUUUCCUUUACUAAAUCAGGGUCUUUAUUGUUAAAAUGUAAACUAGUUAUAAUGAAGCACUAUACCUGGAAACUUUCUCCUGUGUUCUGUUCUGAAAAAUGUUACCAUUCAUAUUGGACAAAUUGCUAUCUUAUUCUGAUCCAAAUAUACUUUAUUUUGUUUGGGGUUUUUGUUUUUGUUUUUGGUUAAAAGAAGGGGCUGCCUCCAUAUAAGAGAUUUAGGGACAAAUUUUCUGCUGGGGCAAAUAGACACAGCUCUAUUGACUUCAGUGGAGUUUCAUCAGUUGACACAAGCAGAAUAUUUGGCCUUUAGAAUUUACAGUAAGUCAAGUUCACAAACUGAGACCAGUUGCAAAUUUCUGUGCAACAAAGUGGUUAACUGAUCAUGAGGGAGGUGGGAUGGAAAAGAGAAUGUAUUGUUUAAAUCCAGAUAUUUCCUACCUUUGGUACACUUCAGAUUUAACUGACACCUACUGAGGGUUUUAACCCUUAAUUUUAAACCGUUUUUUUAUUAUUUUUGUAAAAUAACUGAAAAAGAACCAAAAAAGAACUCAAAAGUUUGAUUGUACAUGCUCCCUUUUUAUUUCUUGAUUAUAAAAAAAAAAAAAUGACAUUUUGAAUCAAAAUGUUUUUAUGACCAUUUAAAGUUUACUAUUUUUUUAAGAAGUUGAGCAGUUAAGGGCCUCGUUUCAAGCGGUACUAAAUGUUUAUUAACCAGUUUAUACCUGUGUAUUGCAUCUGUGUGAAGAAGUCUUGUGCUUGCAAUAUAUAUAAACCAUCUGGUGCUGUUUUGUUAAAAUUGGCACUUCUUGUAAAAACGUAUUUAUACACAUUAGAUGCAUUGUAUAAUUUCCAUUUACUACACUGAUGUAAACUUCAUUCUACACAUUCAUAUAUAAAUUGAGGCUUCAUGUAGAUAUUGUUUAGUUUAAAUACACUGUAUGUAUCUUGAAUACUUAAUUAAAUGCUUGCAUGAUGCUAUGUGGUGAUGCCACUUUAAGCCUUAACAAGUUGUUAAAUUUGUUGAUUGUCCGAGUAUGCAAAAACAUUAAUUUAACAGGAUAGGUUGUUCUGUAAAGGAGAUGGUAAAGAAGAAAAAAGGUUUCUCACCUAAGAAAUAAAGGGAAUCUUAUAGUGAUUGAUAUAUACCGUGACUGACCUUUCAAGGCACUAGCUGUCACUGUUGCGCUACAGAAACUGGGUUAUUGUGCAUUUCUAUGGCAGUAUACAGAAAGCAAGUAUCCUAAAAUCUUGGCUUUUUUGUUUCUAAGAUUUAUAUGACCAUAAUCUUUUUUCCCAAUUUGAAAUUUAUUUAUGUCGGAAAGAGGAUUAUUAUUCAAUAUUUAAAUUUAUGUUUAUAAACCUGCUCUCAAGUUCUGUGGUUUCUUCAGAGCAUGCCAUCAUUUUUCACUUCUUAUGACUGACAUUUAAUCCUUACAACAUUUUUAAUUAGAGGCAAAAAAAAGUGUUGGGGACCCAGCUUUCUUUACAAUUUGGAUCUACCUCAUUUAAACAGUUGGGUGCUAUUUACUCAAAUUGUCAAUGAGAUUGGGUAAAAAGUGACCAAACAUUAAGUGAUGACAAACCUCUUAAGAGGCAAUACUCUGCAAACCAAAUCUUUGUGGUUUAUUGUUUAGAAACAACAAAUAUUUGGAUUUUAUUCUUUGUGCCUUUUUGUGUUGAGUCCCAAUGCAUAACAAUCAAACAUCAGACUCCUAACUAAAAAUAGCAAAUUAAAUAAUUUUAACAGCAAAUUAAAAAAAAAAAAACAUGGAAAAGAGUUUUUAAAAAGUGAAAAUAUAUUUUUCAGUGUAUCAAAUCAUAAAAUGUACAGUGUCACAGCAGAAUUCUUGUAAUGUGAACAGAAAUAAAAAUCCAAUAACUUGAUGUUUUUCAAAAUAUAUACAUCCCAAACUCUUCUAUGCAUCCACCUCCAUCUAUAUAUGUAUGUACAUACUGUGCACAAGAUUCUGUGUGUGUAUAUCUGUGUGUGAAUAUAUAUAUAUAGAAAAUGAAAGGGGAUGUGUGUGUGUGUGUGUGUGUGUGUGUGUGUAUGAUAGGUAAGGGACUAAAAUGUCAAAGUGAGUUUUCCGUGCAGUUUUGUAUUUUAACAGUUUACAAUUAUGUACACAUUUUUUCUAUUACGUAAACCUUUUUUACUUAAGAAAAAUCCUUUUUGGAGAAAUUUUAAGUUGUGAUACUAUCAUUUUUGAAGUUUGAAGAAUUAAACUUUAAUACCAGUAACCAAUACAGAGUGGGAAUCUUUACUGUAAAUUGUAUUUAGUUUUAAUAUUGGGGGGGGGGGGGGGGGGGGGGGGGGAAAGUUCUAUGUGGAAGUUGUAAAAGUACCAACAUUCCUUAGUGGCAGGACUUCAUAACUGUUUCCUAAGGCUUUUUGCUGCAGAGAGACUCAAACAAUGAGAAAAUGCCUCUGUUAAAUGUUUUUUAUAAAAUUGCUCCGUCAGGUCUACACUUAAGCUAUAUUUUAUAAAGCGUAAUCAUCCUUUAAUAUGCUGCAUAUAAAUUAUCAGCAUUGUUGCACUUUCUCAGUAAUAAUGUAUGCCCUGCAAUUGGCUCAUGAUAAAGACUUCAGUUUUUUAACGAAACAGUAGUACUUUGGGCAGAAGCUAAGAUUUAUAUAGGUACCUCAAGAAAAAAAAAAAGCCUGAAUAUGCUGCAUUUUGUUCCUUUAACUUUUUUCAUGUAGUAUUUUGUUUGCUUUUUAUUAUUUGUUUUGUGUAUUAUUACUAGCUACCUGUUUUGCUUUUUGGGACCCCAAUAGAGUUUAGAAAGUUGGUCUGUAUUCAUUUUGUAGGAUGUAGUAUCCUUUCUUGUGUCUAAUGCAGUAGUUGAUGUAAGGUUUUCCCUGCAUUCAACAAUAGAGGGUGUGGGGAAGUAGGCUUUACAUAGUAUAUUUCAGGGGAAAGAUACUACGUUUCUAAAACAGACAAUAUAUGUUCUUAAUCCUUUUUUUUAAUAUUUUAAUUUUUUGGUUUUUUUUUUGCUCGUGCUGCUUUCUUGACUCUUUUCUCAAACAUGAAUGAGAAGAUGGGCAGCUUGUUAAGUGGGGAAAAAACCCUGCCCUUUUGGUCUUUAAAUACAGGCCAAUGAAUAAACAGUAUUACCUAAUUAAUAAGGCUGGGCCAAAUUGUACUCUGUCACACAAUUGCAAAUCUCAGAGGGAAUUGCACCCAUGUGACUCAAAGCAAAAUGUAUCCUGACUUGAAAUUGUAGGCUGUCUAAUUAUUCAGAUUAAUGAGUUUUCUAGUUCUUUUUCCAAGUAAAUUAAAAUAUAAAAUGUGCACAGAUGGGAAUUAUCUUUGUUGAGAAAAGAAACUGUUGAAGGAAGCUUCUAACGCUGUGAAAUUGAGCAUUUAUUGUCAUGUUUUAAGCUUAGGUGGGUCCUUUCUCAAGUUUGUUUUGUAGCUUGCUAGGUAAAAUAGUUUGCACUACUUUUGCAAUAAACUCAUGAAAAACUAACCGUUAUUUUCUGUUUUGGUUUCUUACUGUGUAUAUAUAAACUAAUACUAAAGACUUAGCAUAGUGUUUUUCACCUCCAUAAGACUUGUAACAAGCGCAAAAUGCUGUAAAUCUUGACAAAAUAUGAUGUGAAUGAUAUUUUAUAAAGUUAUUUUGUAUGGUGUCAAUUUUGUUUUGCCUCAUAGUAUGUCAGCAAAAAAAAAAAAAAAAAAAAACAUAAAAUUCCUCAUCUUUA